CCCAUCUGCUACAAUGAGUGUGCGCGUGUGAUAAUGAAUGAAUAAAAUGCAACAUUAGUUGUUUGUUUUGAUGUAGCUGACCUUCAAAAUGGAAGCGGUAUAAUGGGGGACAUGCUGAAUGGGAGUAGGACGAAUAACUGCACAGGAUUGUCCAGAUUUUUUUUUUUUUUUAUGGGAGUGGGAUGGGACGGGAGUGAAAAUUGCUGGUGACACCCUCGAUCUUGCGCGAGGAGAGGCGCACAUGAAUUUUGGUGAGGAUUUCUUUGCUUAUUAAGUGACCUUAAGCUUUUUUUUACUUUAAUUUUAGACUCUGAGGAGACAAGCUCGUCCACCGUGUUUGCCUGAAAAAAACAUGGAAUAUUUUGGGGCGCUCGCUUCCCUUUUAGCACUUAUUUUGGAAUCCAAGCGGAAGUGCGUCGUAAGUGUAGCUUGACGGUCGCAGCGGUGUUUGACGGACUGCGUUUCUCCUCGCGUUACGUUUUUUGUUUUUCUCUCAACUUUACACCCGACAUCUUCAUCCGCCAUCAUGAGCCACAUCGGGAUGGAUAUUUGAAAAAGAGGAGGAGGGGGGAGGACAAGGAGGAGAAGAUGCCUCAUGGAUCGUUCCAUCACGUCCUGAGAUGAGACCCAUGCCCAGGUUCGGCGUCAGGUGGCUGCUCGCCACCGUGCUGAUGCUGCUGCUCGCUGGCACAUUCUUCUUCUGCGAGUAUCUCAUCUACUUCCCCGCCAUCCUCAAGUGCGCCUGGCCCCGCGUGGAGCAUGCGCGCGGUGGCGGGGGGGACGGCAUCGACGGUGGGCCGCCGGACGCACCGCCGGUCCGCGCCAUGGUGCUGUCAGACACGCAUCUCCUGGGGGCCGUCGGCGGCCACUGGUUUGACAAGCUCAGGAGAGAAUGGCAGAUGGAGCGCGCGUUCCAGACCGCUCUGUGGCUCCUCAGGCCUGAGGUGGUCUUCAUUCUGGGGGACAUCUUCGAUGAAGGCAAGUGGAGCUCGAAGAAGCAUUGGGAGGACGACGUGCGGCGCUUCCACAGGAUGUUCCGUCACCCCGGGGACACGGAGCUGGUGGUCCUGGUCGGGAAUCACGACAUUGGCUUCCAUUACGAGAUGGACUGGUUCAAAUUGCAGCGCUUCGAGAAGGUUUUCAACGCCUCUUCCACCAGGAUAGUCACCAAAAACGGAGUCAACUUCUUGCUGGUGAACAGCGUGGCGCUGCACGGUGACGGUUGCCCCAUCUGCCAAUCGGUAGAGAAGGAGCUCAUCAGACUCUCCAAGGAGCUCAACUGUUCUCUGCAGGGUUCAGGGGUCGGCUGUGAGGGCACGCAUGUUUAUCCUCCCACACCACCCAUCAUGUUGCAGCACUACCCGCUCUACAGAGUGAGCGACGCAGGCUGCACGGGAACAGACGCGGCGCCGCCUGGUGAGCGCCACCUUCUAUUCAGGGAGAAGUACGACGUGCUGUCCAAGGAGGCGUCUCAGAAGCUGCUGCAGUGGUUCAAGCCCCGCCUCAUCCUGAGCGGCCACACCCACAGCGGCUGCGAGGUCCUCCACGAUAAUAAGUACCCGGAAGUCAGCGUGCCAUCCUUCAGCUGGAGGAACCGCAACAAUCCCAGCUUCAUCCUGGCGUCCGUGUCACCAGGCAGUUACGCACUGUCAAAAUGUUUCUUGCCGGAGGAAAGCACAGUGAUCGGUGUGUACACCUCAACCGGCGGCUGCCUGCUGCUGCUCAUCCUGGCACAUUGCUUAUGGAUGAAGGGCCUGCUGCAGUGCCUCAGCCUUUGCCUGCUGGGGAAGCACAAGUCGCUGUAAAAACUACAUUACCCAGAAACCCCUGCAUACAGAAACUGGAAGGGAAGUGCACAUCAGCCGGCAGUUGACCGAGAAACGUUUUAUGACACUUUGGAAGGACAUGAAUUGUUCAUUUUAAUAUUUUAAGUCAUUUUAAUGACUUUAAACUUGUGAUAUUUAUGAUGUGUUUGUUGUCACUUGUGACCAAAAAACAGUUCUCAACAAACUGCCUUGUUUUGGGCAUUAAGAAACACCAUUUUAUUUCUAUUAUUGUCGAUUUUAGGUGUCAAAUGUGCUUGGAUGAACCAUGUUAAUUCACUGUGAACUAAAAACUCACCCCUCAUCUCACAUUGUUGGUUUAUUGAGGGGGGUUAAUGAUCUCGGAGGUUUAUAAUUGCACAUCUUUACCAAAUAUUUGUGAGGGUUCUAGCAAAGUUGUUGACAUAUUUCCAAUUAACAACAAUAAAUUGCCAUGAUUAUCAUCCCAGUCGUGGAUGCAAACAUCCAAGAAAACUGUUUUCAAUGAUACAUGCCAAUGUUUUUAAAAAAUAUAAAGCUAAGUCAAUCUUAAAGGACCCAAUCUAUGCACUUUUGUAAAUGUCAUCAACCGUCACUAAUUAACGUUGGUUUUGGAAAGACCCAUGACAAUUUAUGGUCGUAAUGUGUGCGUUUUUGUUGUUAGAAGUCUGAGGCGCCCCUCUGGUCUGGAAGGAACUUAAUGUAAACAAAACAUAUAUUAUUAUUUGGAAGUGAUAUUUCUUUUCUUCAAGGGUCAGUCUAAAAUUUUCGUGAACAUAACGUGGCUUGGAAGAACCUAAUUUACUUGUAAAUAUCAAAAACGUAGUCUGCAAAGUUAAGACAAUUUUGCAUCUUCAGAGAACAAGUUUUAUAAACAUCUGAGAGAAUGCCUAUGUCUUCAAAAUAUAAAAUGUUCAAGGAACGGAAUUUACUGCUGUAACACUUUAAAGAGUGUGGUUUUGUCAGCAUUGCUUCAUGUUUUUUUUUCUUUUUCCAAAAACAAUGUAGUCAGUUAUGAGCAAUAAAAAUAUUGCUCACCAAUACCAAAAUGUAAAAAUGGUUCGCAUGUUUAGUGAACAAAUGAUGAAAACAAGUGUGGAUUCAGGACACGUGUUGUAAAGAAAAAAAAAAAUGUCUCUAAUGUGCCUCUUUAUUUAAAUAAAAAUAAAAAUAUCAUUUCAUCGUCA